UAUUUCAGUGAAUCGCUGAGAGAAGGAUUUUUAUUUAUUUUUUUGAGAUACUUCAGUCGCAAUGAAUAUUUAAGAGAAGAAAGAAUAUUAAAAUGUGAAUUAUUAAUUAUUUUUUUUAAAUUUUUUAAGAAAUGAUAAAUUCAAAAGAUUGGUUCCUUAUAAUCAGCAUUACAAUAUUAUUUAAAUGUGUCACAUCUGUUGACAUUGAAUGCGACUUUAAAAGUGUAGAUUUUGACAUACUCAUUAAUCAGUACACAUGUGAUGUUCAGAAUAAUUUGAUGAUUAGUUCUAAAAAUGUUGUGAUUCAAAUGUUUCGUGGGUCACAUAAAUUUGGCAAAAUAAGCGAUGACGUCACUGGAUUGUCAAUUAAUGACAAAAAAGUUCAAUUUAUUCCGGAAAAUUUGGGAAAUAAAUUUAAAAAUUUAUUAGCUUUAAAAUUCCGACAAGGAAGAUUAAAGGAAAUAAGUCAAUAUGAUUUAAAAUCGUUUUUAAAGUUACGAUACUUAAAUUUGGAUGCAAAUGAUAUUGAGACACUUGAUGAAGAUUUGUUUGAAUUUAAUCCACAGCUAGAAAUCAUUUGGUUAGAAAGUAAUCGAAUUAAAAACAUUGGAAUGUCAGUUUUUGAAAAUUUGAAGAAUUUAGAUGAUUUAGAUUUAAAUGGAAAUGUCUGCAUAUCCAAAAGAAUGUCAAAUAGUCGUGGAAUGGCUGAAUUUUUGAGUGAAGUUAAGAAUAACUGCUUUGACGCUAAAGCUGAGCUUGUGAAAUUCAAACAAAAAUAUAAAGAAAAAAAUUUAAAAGACUUAAAAGUUUUGACUAAUUCUGAACUGGAUAAAAUUGGUAAUAUAAGCAAAAUCAACUUAGUUUCUAGCAAGGAUAUUGAAAUUGAGGAGUUAAAAGUUGUAGUUCGUAAUUUGACACAACUAAUGAAAAUUAAGGAGAAAGAAGCUGAAGAAAAAUUGUCAAAAAUCAAAUCGAAACUUGAAGAGCGAGAUGAAAAAAUUGUAGAAUUUGAGGAAAUCAUUGAAAAUGUCAAUAUUGAUAAGAACAAAACAUCACUUCAGCUUUCAAAAUGUCAAAAUAAGUCCAAAAAUACAGAGAAUCAAAAAUUUAAUUUUACAACAAAAUUGGCAGAAAAAACCGAUAAAAUCAACCAUCUUGAAAGCCAACUCAUUGAUCUACAAGUAGCUUACUCAAAAUCAAUCGAAAAAUAUGAAAAUUUAUCAAUACAAAACCAGAAGUUCGUGGAAGCCCUCAACUCCAACAAAAUACAGUUAGAAUCAAAAAGCAUCAACAAAGAGACUCCAUCUGACGAAAUUGAUGAAAAAAUGAAAGAAUACAGCAAACUUAAUAGUCAACUAGAAAAAAGAGAAACGGAUCUAAAGAAAUUUGAGAUGGAAGUAGCCAGCACAAUAGCUGCACUGACCAAAUCAAAAGAAAGAAUUGAAAAAGUUUUAAAGCACAAAAAUCAAGAGAUUUUCAGUAAAGACAGUGAAAUCAAAAAAUUAAGAACGGCAAACGUUCAAUGCCAAAACAAGAAUAUCCAACUACAAGAUCAGAUAAAAGAAAUUAAAUCAAAGAUAAUAGGUUUAGGUGGAAUUGAAAAUGUGUCUCUAAUGGAGCUGAAUAAGACAAAAGAGUUGCUGGACAGAGAAAAAUUAAAGCUACAAUUCUUAGAGGUAAAAUUCAAUGAAACUUUGGAAAAUAAAACAUUUGAAUGCUUAAUUCAUCAAGAAUUACAAACAUCAAGUCAACUACAACAAGAAUUUGAAAACUUUAACGACACUCAGCUUAAUUUAUGGAAGAAAUGUUCAGAACAGCUUGAAAACAUCAAAGCUUCAAUGGCAAUGAAGAAUAAUAGACUAAAGGCCAUAUUAAUGGAUAAUAAGCAAUUAAAGUACGAGAAGCUUACACUUUUAACCAAACAAGGAAAACUCACAGAAACUAUUAAUAACAAAACUUAUGAAUGGUCACAAGAGGUUGAGACAGCAAUUAGUGAACUUCUUAUGGAAAAAAGUCAACUAAAAAAUGAGAUUAAUAUCCUGACUGACUCAGAAGUAAGACUAAAAAAUAUUCUAAGCAACAAAUAUGGCAAUUGUUACAAUAUUAUAGAAAAAUUAAAUCAAGAUUUGAAAACUUCACACCAAAUUGAACAAAGCUUGAAAGAAAGCAUUGCAGAAUAUGAAAAUAUCAUCAGAAAUAAUAAUUUUACGAUAAUUAAUUAAGAAGUCACAUACCUUAAAAAUACAGUUCAGACCAUUUGGCUUCUUAAAUACAGC